ACAAAUGCGUGUGUGUCUGUUUCUUUCAUGAACAUAGAUUUAUUCACAAAAUGAAUCAUAAAAUACAAUAACGGAGGGUAACAAGUGUAUAUUAUGGCCAUGUUUAAGGGUCAAUGGCGUGAUGCUAAGUUAAGUUUUUGAAAAAUGUAUUUUUUUUAUUUUUUUAUGAAAAGGCACAUUUUGUUCUGGUCAUGUGGUGUAACCCUGAGAAAAUGUAUGAUAUUUUUGACUAAGAAAUUCAUCAUAUGUAUAAUAUAUAUAUAUAUAUAUUUUAACCUAGAAAAAUGUGUUUCAAAAUUAUUAUUAUCUUUUUAUUAUUAAAGAUUAAGUUGUUUAUCCUCUCUUCAAGGUGCAAUGAAAAUAUUACAUUACCUUUUACUCUAUGGUUAGACCACACAACAUUUUUAAAAUUUACAUUUUAUUUUAAUUUUUUUGUGGAAAGUGCUGUAAAGGUUUUUUCAAAAAUGUAUGAGACCAGAUUGAAAACAAAGAUUACAUUUCUAAGAACUUGACACAAGUGUUUUAAUUUAAACUAGCUUUUUUAUAAAGAUUUCUUAUUUUUAACUCCUCAGACAACCUUAUUUAUCAAUUACACCCCCACAAAAAAUAAAUAAAUAAAUAAAUAAAAGUUUGACAUCAUCCCCUUUGAAACUGUUUUACAAAUUCACCACUGUAUAUAGUAUAGAUAAAUAGACAGACAGACAGACAGAUAGAUAAAUGGAUAGAUUGGAAUGUAAUGUGCAGAGGGCUGAGUAUGUAUAUAACAGCUGAAUUUACAUAUUGCUCAUUAGAUUAUAUUGCACAAUGAAACUGCACAGCAGAAAUGUAUCCAGUUGCUAUGAUGUAAAUAUUUGUCUUUCAUUUUACUUUAUUCUCUUAUAUUUGAUAUAUGAUAUACAGUCUCACUAAAAUUAGGCAUUUAAUAUCAAACUGGCAGCAAGAGCAUUGCUGUGCCGUAUUUUUAUACUGAUGGUCGUCCUCUUCUCCCCAGCAGUGCAUUGUGGGAUAGCUCUCCGUGUUUGCCUCAAGUCGAUCAAGAUGGCCGCGAAUAUUUUGUGUAGGGGCUGGAGUUGAAUACACGCCGAACUCGGAGCGAUUGUGAUGUUGAGAGGCCAGAUUUAUACGCCCGCAUCAAAACACCCGCACAAGAUUGCUACCUGACCACGUUUUGGUCUCCUUGAGUUCAGAGCUGUAGAAGAGUGUGAUAUUGGAAACCUUAAGCAAUUCUAAUGAAGCGAGCGGCUGCAAAGCAUUUAAUUGAGCGCUACUACCACCAGUUAACAGAAGGCUGUGGAAAUGAGGCCUGCACGAAUGAGGCUUGUGGGUCUUCUCCGGGUUUCCAGCGCAUGGAUAACAAUGCAGCGGCUAUCAAGGCACUGGAGUUAUAUAAGAAUAAUGCCAAACUCUGUGAUCCUCAUCCCUCUAAGAAAGGAGCCAGUUCAGCCUACCCGGAGAAUAGUGCCAAAGGAGCUCACAAUUUCUCUGCAUGCAGUAACGGGAAGAUGAACCAUAAGGACCUGCAACCUACAAGGGAGGACUUUAGAGAUCUGAAUUCUUUGACAGAGGAGAAGGUGUAUGAAAUCCUGAGCCUCUGUAGUGAGACUGGAGACUUUUCUCCUCUAAUCCGUGUCAUCGGUAGGGUUUUCUCAAGCGCGGAGAGCCUUGUCCAAAGUUUCCGCAAAGCAAAACGGCACACCAAGGAGGAGCUGAAGUCACUUCAGGCCAAGGACGAGGACAAGGACGAAGAUGAGAAAGAGACGGCCUCUGGUUCAUCCACUGCCAUGGAGGUGGAACCUGAGGCCUCGGCAUCAAGUGGAGAUGGGCCGUCCCAUGGUGAAAACAAUGUCCAAAAGUUUGGCCCUGUAGAAGUUUCUGUAGACAUUGAGGCAGUUAGAAGAGUGUAUGACAGACUGUUAUCAAACGAGAAGAUUGAAGCUGCAUUCCUCAACGCGUUAGUCUAUCUGUCGCCCAACGUAGAGUGUGACCUUACCUAUCACAACGUGUACGCCGCUGACCCUAAUUACCUGAAUGUCUUCAUCAUUGUCAUGGAGAACAGUAACCUCCACAGUCCAGAAUACCUGGAGAUUGCCCUGCCUCAGUUCUGCAAGGCCAUGAGCAAGCUACCUCUUCCGGCUCUGGCCAAGCUUGCGCGGUUGUGGUCGCAGUACGGCACGGACCAGAUCCGUCGUCUUGUCGAGACCUUUCAGCAGCUUAUAACCUACACGGUUAUCAGCAACGAGUUUAGCAGUGAUAACCUGGUCAAUGAGGAUGAUGGCGUGGUGGCAGCAACCAAGUGCUUGAAAAUUGUGUACUAUGCAAACGUGCUGGGCGGUGACCUGGACACGGAUCACAAUGAGGAGGAGGAUGAUGUACCAAUCCCAGAAUCCAGCGAGCUGACCCUGCAGGAGCUGCUGGGAGAGGAACGACGCAAUAAGAAAGGCCCACGUGUGGACCCGCUGGAGACAGAACUGGGCAUUCGUACUUCGGACUGCCGAAAACCCCUUAUCCCCUUUGAGGACUUCAUCAAUGAGCCACUUAAUGAGGUGCUGGAAAUGGACAAAGAUUACACCUUCUUUAAAGUGGAGACUGAGAGCAAGUUCUCCUUUAUGACCUGCCCGUUCAUACUUAACGCUGUGACAAAGAAUCUAGGCCUGUACUAUGAUAACCGGAUCCGUAUGUACAGCGAGCGCAGGAUUACUGCCCUCUACAGUUUGGUGCAGGGACAACAGCUGAACCCCUAUCUGCGACUCAAAGUGCGCAGAGACCACGUCAUAGAUGAUGCUCUUGUUAGGCUGGAGAUGAUUGCCAUGGAAAACCCAGCAGACUUGAAGAAACAGCUGUAUGUGGAGUUUGAGGGUGAGCAAGGAGUAGACGAAGGAGGAGUAUCCAAAGAGUUCUUUCAACUUGUUGUAGAGGAGAUCUUUAACCCAGAUAUAGGCAUGUUUACCUAUGAUGAAAGCACAAAACUUUUCUGGUUCAAUCCUUCAUCAUUUGAAAAUGAAGGCCAGUUCACCUUGAUAGGCAUUGUCUUGGGCCUAGCUAUCUACAAUAAUUGCAUUCUUGACGUGCACUUCCCUAUGGUGGUUUACAGAAAACUAAUGGGAAAGAAAGGAACAUUUCGAGACCUUGCAGACUCUCAUCCGGUUCUUUAUCAGAGUUUGAAGGAUCUAUUGGAGUAUGAGGGUAACGUAGAAGACGAUAUGAUGAUUACCUUUCAGAUCUCACAGACAGACCUGUUUGGAAACCCACUAAUGUAUGAUUUAAAGGAAGGUGGUGACAAAAUCCCAAUUACCAAUGAAAACAGAAAGGAAUUUGUUGCACUCUAUGCAGAGUACAUGCUGAACAAAAGUGUGGAGAAACAGUUCAAGGCCUUCAGAAGAGGAUUCCACAUGGUUACUAACGAGUCUCCUUUGAAGUAUCUAUUUCGACCAGAGGAAAUUGAGCUGCUUAUAUGUGGCAGCAGGAAUCUAGACUUUCAAGCGCUUGAAGAGAGUACAGAAUAUGAUGGUGGAUACAGCAAAGACUCCCGCAUUAUUAGGGAUUUCUGGGAGACGGUGCACUCUUUUGGGCAGGAGCAGAAGAGGCUGUUUCUUCAGUUCACCACUGGCACAGAUAGAGCUCCAGUUGGAGGCUUAGGCAAACUCAAGAUGAUUAUCGCCAAAAAUGGCCCUGACUCAGACAGGUUACCCACCUCUCAUACUUGCUUCAAUGUGCUGCUCCUCCCUGAAUACUCCACCAACGAGAAACUAAAAGAGAGACUUCUUAAAGCCAUCACAUACGCCAAAGGCUUCGGCAUGCUCUGAGGCAUCAGGAUCCGCAAAAGAACUCACUCACCCUCAGAGGUUUCAUUUGUCCAUCAAAGGAGAAAUCAGCAACAUCGACAACUAAAAAGUAAAUAUCAAGUUUAAAUGUAAGGCAACUUGAAAUAGGUUAAAAUGGGAAAGUUCUGGUGACCGUGUGCCUGUGCCUAAAUAGUAGAUAAAACCACACUGAACUCUUGGCUCGCUCCAUCUUAUGUAAGUGUUAAGGUUCCCUUUUUGUAUGCACUGAGAUAUAGCAUUAUUUAUUUGAAGGGAUAAAAUCUCUUCUGUCAUGUCUGCCAGGAAAUCGACUCACUCUUUGGUAUCAGUUCAUAAAAAGGAGGGACGGUUAGACAUUUUCAACACCUGCAGGACUGAUCACCAUCUAAACUUAAUAAAACAAAAAGAUCAAAUAGAGGAGGUGGAAGCUUAUUGUCAUAUUAUGGUUGAACUGUGAAAGUGCACUUAACUCAAAAUUCAGAAUGUCUAUUAGCUUUUUUGUUUUUGUUUAUUGUCAUCUGCCCGUUGCCAUUUUUUCCAUCACGUUUAAUAGGUCUUCCCUAGUCCAUAUGCACUUGCAGCAAUGCUUUCAAAGGUACAGGGCAGCUCCAGUCUCGAUUAGAUUUUUCAGGAAUCUGUAUUUAUUGAGGAACUGCAUUGUUUGUAAUGCCUCUUGGCAAGUUAUGCUGCUCCUUUUUGGCCAGUGUUCUGCAUUUUGCUUCAGAGCUCGGCUCUCUUUUUCUUUUCUUUUUUUUUUUCUCUCUAUUUGAUCUUUUAGCUAUCAGUCUACUCUCACUGUGCACUCUUGAUAAAAAUUGAGUAGUGUUACAAAAGAGAAAUUGAACCCUUUCAUAAGACUCUUGCAAAGCCUAACUUCCACGAAGUGUUUCGUUUUGUGUUCUGUUUUAAUUCAAGAUGGCAGGCUUUUAGUCAAUGAAAGCUAAAUGACAUUGCCUCAUGAAGAAGCUGUGUUUAUAUUUUAGUUGCUUUAUUUUUGCUCUGCACAGUGUCUGGCCCAAAUUGCUAUACUGUUGGAUGAAAAUGAGGGGAAUUUGGCACAAAAUUGUACCACUAUCUUGUUGUGCCAGACAUUUAUGCUGAGAAUCGCUGCUCCGGUUUAUCAAGGCAUAGCUGGAAACCCACAUUAGCAAUGCCCUCUACAUUUUUUGUUUGUUUUUCUUUUUCCCUCUUGCAUAUGAUAUGUGACUGUGGUUUGUUCCACUGCUGAUGGCGCUAACAUAAAAGUGGGAAACUGAACUUGAUAUUGAGAAUGAAAACAUUUGAUUGUUUCAAGUUAUUCUUAAAUAAAUUCAAAACUGAAAAACAAACAACCAAGUGUGAAAAUGUGAUGCAGAGAUGAUGUGAUGCAGCUUUCAGUUCUUCUGCGGUGGAAUUGAAACCAGAAAUGACUAUUUUCUAUGUAUGUUGUAAUGCAUCCAAAAUGGUAUGAAAGACAGAAAAGGUUAAAAAUCAUGGGUUUCAGAUAUGCUAUAAUGAGCAGCAGAUCCACCAUCCAAUACUUUUCUAAAUGUCCAAAUGGAAAGUUUUCUCCCUUACAUUGUACCUUCCACCUACAGUCCAUAGAAACAAAGCUCUUUCCUGAAAUCUGAUAUUCUGAUCUUUUUUUAUGAUUCAAUCUAGUGCUUUUUUAGGAGUGAUCUGGUGUUUGGCAUCAGACUGACCUUUUGUUUAUGAAAAUGAAUCAGUAGUUAGUCUUAAGACAUAUUCAAGCUCUUCACUUCUUCCUGUAGAAGGAUGAAUUUUAUGAGGCUGCUUUAAGUUCAGUAACAUAGAUCUACAGUUGAUGGAUUCCUGAGAUAUUCUGCACUGAUCUGCUCUUAAUGUUAUAUGACAUUUCUUGCAAAGCCAGGUAACCUAACUUAGAAAGUAACCUGGCUUUGCAAGAAAUGUCAUAUAACAUUAAGAGCAGAUCAGUGCAGAAUGUCUCAGGAAUCCAUUAUAUGUUCACUUAAAACACACUUCUAUUUCAAUCAUCUGUAUAUCUUCUUUACAUUUUCAUUUAAAAUUAAUUUGCUACUAUUUUAAAAGACAUACAGUAGUUGUUCAAAUGUUUAUUAAAGAACGCAUGAAAAUAUGAAUGCUCUUAGCAUACUAAAAACAAUUUGUUUUUGUGUUGAGUUGGGGAUGAUUUUGAACAGUCCAUGUUUUUCUUGCAUUUCUGAGAGCAACACCAUUAGCAAUACAAUUGGAAUAAUGUGAUUGCUUAAUGAACAGAAUCAGAACAUUGUAAAAGUACAGAUUAAUUGUGAAUCAAUUAAAUUUGAUAUCACAGUUUUGAUAAAUCAACGACUGUUACGCCAUUGCCUAAACUGCAAAUGUACCCUUGAUAUAGUGUGUGCCUUUGUCAUAAAAAAAAAGAUUUUUGACAGUCAUGCAACAGUGACUGUCCUGGGACAGAUAAAUAAGAUCCUGCAUUUUAUGUUAAUGAAUGUCAUUUGAGCUGUUCCAUACUGCAUGUAUUGAAUAAAUAUGUCAUAUAUGGGGCAAUUA